GGGCCAUGUUCCAGGGUUUCCCCGGGGACUACGACUCGGGGUCCCGCUGCAGCUCCUCGCCCUCGGCCGAGUCCCAGUACCUGUCGCCGCUCGACUCCUUCGGGAGCCCCGCGGCCGCCGGGGCCGCGCAGGAGUGCAGCGCCCUGGGGGACAUGCCCGGCUCCUUCGUGCCCACGGUGACGGCCAUCACCACCAGCCAGGACCUGCAGUGGCUGGUGCAGCCCACGCUCAUCUCCUCGGUGGCCCCGGGGGCUCCCAUGGCUCAGCCGCCCCCCCUCGACCCCUACGACCUCCCCGGGCCCAGCUACUCCACCCCCGGCCUGGGCGCCUUCGCGGGACCCCCGGCCCCGACCCCCGCCCGCGCCCCCCGCGCCCGCCCCCGCCGCAGCCGCGAGGAGACGCUGACGCCGGAGGAAGAGGAGAAGCGCCGCGUGCGGCGGGAGAGGAACAAACUGGCGGCGGCCAAAUGUCGCAACCGGCGGCGGGAGCUGACGGACCGGCUGCAGGCGGAGACGGACCAGCUGGAGGAGGAGAAGGCGGAGCUGGAAUCCGAGAUCGCGGAGCUGCGCAAGGAGAAGGAGCGCCUGGAAUUCGUGCUGGUGGCCCACGCCCCCGCCUGCAAGGUCCCCUUCGAGGACAUCGGCGCCGUGGGUGCCGGCCCGGCCGAGGUGAGCAGCCCGGGCAAGGCGGGGACCGUCGCUUUCCUGCCCCCGGCGCCGUUCCAGGGCCCGCAGGGUCCCUUCCCCGGCUGCUGCCUCCCGCCCGGGGUCCCCGCGGGACCCCCUAACGCGACCCCCGCGUUUGUGUUCACCCACCCAGAGGGAGCCACGUGUGGAGCCUCGCACCAGCGGAGCAGCAGCAGCGACCAGUCCUCGGACUCCUUGAAUUCUCCCUCGCUCCUCGCGUUGUGAACGGGGUGUUCCCCCACCCCUCUCCCUCCUCUCGAGACCCCCCACCCAGGCCCACCUCCCCCUCUGGAGCCCCCCAAAAACGGGCACCUCCUCCCU